AUGACUCUAACACAAAAACCUCUAUCAGUCAAAGUUAAUGCCUGUCUAUUAGAUGUUGAUGGUACAAUUAUUAUUUCUCAACCUGCCAUUGCUGAAAUGUGGAGAGAUUUCGGUAAAGAUAAACCAUAUUUUGAUUCUGAAUAUGUAAUUAAAAUUUCUCAUGGUUGGCGUACAUAUGAUGCAAUUGCAAAAUUUGCACCAGAUUUUGCUUCUCAUGAUUAUGUUGCUAAACUUGAAGGUGCAAUCCCUGAAAAAUUUGGUAAAUUUGCUGUUCAAGUUCCUGGUUCUGUCAAAUUUUGUAAUGAUUUAAAUAAUUUACCAAAGGAAAAAUGGGCUGUGGCUACAUCAGGUACUUUUGAAAUGGCAUCUCAAUGGUUUAAAUUUUUAGGUAUUAAAAGACCCGACAAUUUUAUUACUGCUUCGAGUGUUAAACAAGGUAAGCCUGCUCCUGAAUGUUAUUUAAAAGGUAGAAAUGGUCUUGGUUAUCCCGUUAAUAAAGAAUUUCCAAAUAAAUCUAAAGUAUUUGUAUUUGAAGAUGCUCCCGCUGGUAUUGCAGCUGGGAAAGCUGCAGGUUGUAAAAUUGUUGGUAUUGCAACUACAUUUGACGCUGAUACUUUAAAAGAAAAAGGAUGUGACAUUAUUAUCAAGAAUUUCGAAUCAAUUACAGUGGGUGGAUAUGAUUCGACUACAGAUGAAGUUGAAUUGAUUUUCAACGAUUAUAUAUACGCUAAGGAUGACCUUUUGAAUUGGUAA